UGAUCCAAUACACUAUAUCUCAGCAAUAUACUUACAAAAUAUCUAGUUUGUGCUGUAUCAGUAACUAUGUUAGGUCAUGUCAAAUAUUAUGGGCAUCAUCACCUAUUCGAUAUUCUUAUUCUUUUCUGCUUUGCAGCUUUAGCCUUAGUAUGGUUUCGACGGAGCACAAAGAGGUCAACUUUCGUGCCACCAUUGCCGCCUGGCCCUCGCGGCUUCCCACUGGUCGGAUACCUUCUUUUUCUGAUUAGUCCAAACCAUCUUCUGGAGUUCUCAAGUUUGGCUAAAAUUUAUGGUCCAAUAUUCAAGUUUUGGAUGGGAACCAAACUAUUCGUGGUCAUCACAUCGCCACAGCUAGUCGGCCAAGUGGUCCGCGAACAAGACACAGUGUUUGCUAACCGUGUUCAAAGUACUUGCACGUUAAUCGCCACACAUGGUGGCAAUGACAUUGCUUUCGCCUCGUACGGUCCAAAAUGGAAGAAGCUUCGAAAGAUCUUUGCUCAUCAGAUAUCAACUACUUCCGUACUCGAUAAGCUGUACUGGUUGAGGAAAGAAGAGGUGAGAAAAUCUGUGAAGUACCUGUAUGAGAAGAUUGAUUCCCCAGUUGAUAUUGGGAGCUUGGCAUAUCAAACCUCCACGAACUCCAUGAUGCGCAUGACGAUUGGUGCUUCCAUAGAAGGAGAUGACACUGAUAUUGACGUCGAUCAAUUUAGAAAGAUGACAGAGGACCUUAUGGCACUAGUUGGAAAAACUAAUAUUUCUGACGUUUUCCCAGCUCUUAAGUGGUUUGAUAUACAAGGAAUCGAAAGAGAUUCAAGGGAGAUUACCCGAGUGUUUGAAGUGAUGUUUGACAAUGCCAUGUCCAAACGGAAGAAGGCCAGGUCAUCCACGAGGAAGGACUUUCUGCAGUUCCUUAUGGAGCUUCAUCUGGAUCAAGAUAGUAAAACUCCUAUUACCAUGUCUGAAAUUAAAGCCUUACUUAUGGACAUUUUACUAGGAGCAACAGACACUACAACAAGCUCGGUGGAAUGGGCAAUGGCAGAGAUUUUCAAACAUCCAAAGGUGUUAAUGGAAAUUCAGUCAGAACUAAAACAAGUUGUAGGAUUGAACAACCACGUAGAAGAGUCUCACUUGUCCAAGUUAACCUACUUAAAUGCUGUCUUUAAGGAGACUUUACGUUUACACCCACCAGGGCCCUUCCUACUACCCCGUUCUCCAAGCAAAUCUUCAAUUGUUGGCGGCUAUACUAUACCCAAGGGAAGUACAAUUUUUCUAAAUGUUUGGUCUAUACAAAGAGAUCCUAGCAUUUGGGAAAAUCCUUUGGAAUUUAUACCCGAGAGGUUCCGAAGAGAUGAAAUCCAAGGUAGCAGCAUUAAUUAUAACUUUUCAGGUAACAAUUUCAACUAUCUUCCAUUUGGAUCAGGGAGAAGAAUGUGUGCUGGAGUUUCCUUAGGAGAGACGAUGGUGAUGUUGAUUCUAGCUUCAUUCUUGCACUGCUUUGACUGGAAAUUGCCCAUUGGCAGUGAGCUUGAACUAUCACACAAGUUGGGGUUUGUUGUCAAGAAAAAGAAUCCUUUGAAAGCUAUUCCCACACCAAGGUUUUCUGAUUUGGAACUAUACACUGCUUAGUCUUAAUAUAUAUAUAUAUAUAUAUAUAAGAAUAUAUACUCGUAAUAUACAGGUAAGGUAGAUCGCAACAAGCUAAUAUACUGUACGAUGUAUAUAUAUUGGAAUAUUAUUGGGUAAUGAUUGUUUUU